AUGAUAACAGAUGUUUACGUAUUACAACUUAGGCUUAAAACAACUGAAAAUGCUUUUCUGAGUACCAUAUUAGGAAAGAAGAUAUAUCUUAUGACGUUCUACUUAAUUUGUUUGUUGAUUCUUGUACUGUGUUAUUGGAUUCACAUGACAUUUUGUCCUCCAUAUGCUUAUACUAUGUUUUCUGCAGUUGAAUAUGCUGCAAUAUUUGCAAACAUUUUUUAUCACUAUACAACCUUCAGUACAUUUGAAGAUAUAUCAGUGAGGAAAAUGAUCACUUACUUUUCCACUGGUCGAACUAUUCCGUUCGUCAAUAUGAAGUCAGAACUACCAUUGUUGGAAGUAAAAUGA